UUUGGCAACUGCAACGGUUAGGGUGUCACAAUGCUGAUUCUUAUCAUCUGGUGUCAGAUGCAAAACAUCAGCUAGAACUGCAUGUAAUGUAAUGAAGGACCUGGAGAAGAUAAAUAUUCAGUUAUGAUAAUAAACAUCUACAUGUGUUACAAGUUUCAUUAAGAGCCACAUGGUUGAUUUGGGAAAGAUUUUGAUUAAAGUUCUUGUUCGCCUCCUAACAUCGUUUCUGGAUCUUUACUGAAAAACUCCUCCUCCAUGGGAGGAUCUAAUCUGUGUGAUAUAAACCAAACUCACAGCCAGGAAGUUCAGUCGCUCCAACUUCCUCCUUCAUCAUCACCAUCAUCUUCAUCAUCAGGUCCAGUUAGAAUCAUCUGGACACGUUCCAGUUUUCAGAGUGAUGGCAGGACAAAGGCAGAGAUGGAAGCCUCUGCAGCUCCUCAUCAUCCUCAGCCUCCUCAUCCUCACCAACCAGUUUGAGAUGAGAGAUGUUCAGGAGAAGCUGAGCCGUGACGGGGCUGCAGAGCUUCACCUCAGAGGAACAUCUCAUGCUGAGACUCAGGAACUGCUGAAGAUCUCAGAAAGCAGCCUGAUCAACAAACAGCUGCUGCUGCACAAUGACAAGGAUCUCGAUGGCUUCUUGGAGCAUCUUGACAAACAGAUGAUGGAGGAUUGGUGGAGAAGUGUUUCAGAGAUGUCUCCCAGCUUUAGACAGAAGGUUCUGGUUCUGACAGGCAGCACCAACUCACCAGAUAGAGAAAUAAGGCAGGAAAACAGCUUAGAUCCUCAGAAAUGUGUCCCAGUCAGCAUGAAGUUCUUCUACAAUCAGUCCUGUAUGUCAGAGUUAGACAGCAACACUGAAGGGGAAAUGUUCUCCCAGAACCGACAAACUGGAUCUGGGUUUUCUGGUUCCUCACAUGAACAUCUGACCCUGAAACUAAAACCUGGAGCAGCAGCAGGUUUCUCUCCUCAUGGAAACACAACCAUGAAUUCUAGAGUUCAUCUCCUCAAAGCUUCUAUGGUCCAUGGUCCAAAGGAACUGAACCAGGAGAAUCCUCAGAUUAAUGAAGCGAUGGAUAAACCUGACCCGGUUUCCAGCUCUAGAACCCCACAGAGACCAGAUGAUCUCAUCCUAGAGUUUGACCACCAGCAGAUCCUCAUGUUAGAAGAUGAUGAUGUGGUGAGAACAUCUGCAGCUUCUCUUUAUGAGAAACAUCCAGCAGUUAGUUCAGUUCAUGUUGUUGGUCCCCAGCUCAGAGUUCAACAGGUUAAAGGUCAACCAGUGGUUCUGUCAGAACACAGCAGCCUGGUUCUGGUCGGUCAUGGAGCUAGAGACCAUUCAGGUGAGAUGAGAAUAUCAGGAUACACCUACAAAGAUGUGGUCAGGAUCAUCCAGAACACCUCCAGGAUCAGUGAGAAGAUCCAAACUACUACAGUUCUGGCAUGUGACGUUGGAUCGGACCAACGGUUCAGAGAAGCUCUGCUGAAGAAGCUUCAUGAAGCCGGCAUUGAGACGGAGUUACACCUGUGGAACUCUGUGGUCCAGGUCACAGAGACAGGAGAGGUCAUCAGUCAGGACAUCUCUGGAGAUGGACCACAGUGGAGAUCUGGAGAUCAUACCAAGAAGGUGGUUCUGACUGUUGGCAGGAAGGGAGAGAUAAGGAGGAGGAAGAAGUCGGACCAGAGGGGACAGGAAGUUCUCACCAAUGACAGAAACGUUCUCCAAACACCUAAACCCACACUUGACCUACGUUUUCAGAAGUAUAGAAGCAGCUGGCCUGAACAACCAAGAAGAUCUGUACCUUUGAAGCUUUUCAACAAUAUAUCUGACCAAUUAAAACAACACUUUAAGGAACUUGAAGGUCUGAGUUGGGGUCUGUUUCACUCAGACCAACCAAAACCAGAUAAAGUCGAUGUCAAAAACUUCAACAUAAAACACUUUAUUAUUGGGAAAAGAGAUAAAAAUGGAAACAUCAACUGGUUGAACAAAGAGAAUGACGUGAAAGAACUACUUCAAAAAUGUUAUGAGAUCAAAUCAGGAAAAGACGUCAGAAACAUCAUUCGUCACUUUGCAAAGGAUGGAGAAGAUGAGACCACAUACCUGAUGGUUAAUAGUUGGAUAUAUGAAGUCGACCCUCAAAGUCUGUAUGUUUAUCCUGUUGGAAAGAAGCGGAACCAUGAUCCAAAGACACGACCAUCAGUUGAUCAACUUAAACAGAGCAUUGAAGUCCAAAUGGGUAAGGCGGAUUACCCACAUAUCAAAGCAGGUCUACGUCAAAGCGCUGGAAGCCCCAGUGAAAAUAUUGAUCUACGGUGUGCUCAGUAUUUCAGCGGUAUUUUUUCUUUUACUAAGCCCGUAUAUCUUCAACCAGUCCCUGCUGAGGCCUGGUGCACCACUUACUUUGUUGCAUCAGUUAUAUCAGAAUCUGCCAGAAAUUUCAGAACCUUCCCUCUGAUUCUUAUGGCUCUGGAUAUGACUGAGGGGAAGAAGAACAUGAAAGAUGGUGUAACUUUUUUGUUUGAUGAGCAUUCAAUGACCAGAGGGGGAAGCUGGAUUGAUCCAAGCAGACGAGGAUUUAUUGGGUCAGCAACAUCAAAGUCUUCCAGCAAACUGGAGAAUAAAGGUCAGAACAAGAAAACUGAGGAGGAGUUACUGAAUGACCUCAAAAACGUCAUCUAUAGAGAAGAUGUUAUGUUCACCAAGUGGAAGCAAACAAUAGGGAGGGACCAAAGUUUUAAAACCUAUGUGGACCAGAUGGCUAAAAUUGCAGAACGUUAUAAAGUAUUGAUUGAUCCUUCUAGUGAACAGAUGUUUAAAAAGGAUUGUAAAAAUUUCAAAAAUGCAGUCGAUCGAGAAGAAAAUACUGAAACAAUCAAAAUUCCUGGUUCACAGAAUGAGUAGUCUGAACAUUUAGUCUUCUCUCCACCUGAAUACCUGUCUCUGUCAUACCUGGCUGCUGCUGCUGCUUUGUUCUCUCUGUCCACCAGGGGGCAGAACCUCAGAAACAGCUUCAAGAUCAACCAGGAUCUUGUUCUUGGAAACAAGACCGUGCUCUGCUUGUCCACAUGGAAACAGAUUCCUGCUUGUGUGAAUUAUUAAGGCAGCUGAAACUAAAAUACCUUCAACCUGUCUGCUCCAUUAAAACUCAUCUUCAUCUAAGCCUGCUGUCUCCGGGUCUUCUCUGAGGGUCUCCUCCUCAGAAAAUAAUUAUCUUUACAAAGAUUUAUUUCUCCUUUUUAUUUACAAUAGUAGUAACAUUUUAAUAAACAUUUAUGCUUUUAACAGGGUGAAAUAUUA